CAUGGCUGAAGCAAUUUGGGGAUCUGUACACUAGUUUCUGAUGACUUGGCAAUAGUUAGAACAGCCUUCUCUACAACGCCUAGUACUGGAUUUGGUGUCAGACAUCCGUGUGUACAAAGUCCUUGCCAAAACCUAAGUAAUGUAGGCUAGGGGUAAUUUUAUCAACACCUUAUUCCUCAGUGGUCCAGCCAAACAUUGCACACACCUAUAGACACUCCUUGCAAUGCUUCUUGGAUGAGAUAAUAACAGUUAUUAAUCUCUCUUCUCCCUCCCUCUCAGUGCCAGUCAUUCUACUCCGGGAGAUCCAUGGGUUCAAAACAGGAUCCAGGGUCAACCCGUUCCUACCACAAGUCCCAGUGGUGGUGACAGUGACAGCUCGAACCGGUCACGCCACGACUGCGGCUGAUUCUCCCAGCAGAAGACCACGGAUGGUCAUUACUCUGGAGCAUGGUAAAUUCAAGUGGACCAUCAGCAAGUACUACAGAGAGGUCCUGUCACUUCGUCGAGAGCUCAUGCCACUCAGAGACAAGCUGAAGAGAAGACUAAGUCGCAGGGACAUUCUCCCCACUCUUCUCAACCUUGAGGACUUGAAUGUCAGACAAGGGACUAGACUGAGAAAGCAAGUCCCGAAGGUGCAAGGAUUCCUGAAUGCUGUUGUGAGCAGCAGAACCUAUCGCUCUCACCCUGCCACUGCACGGUUUUUUGAAAUCAGCAGAAUCUCUUUCAUCAAGGACACUGGACCAAAGAAAAAAGAGGGUCUGCUAACAAAGAGGUCGGGAGGUCACAGAAGAACCGUAGACUGUUUCGGGUUCACUGCCUGUUUCAUCUGCCGCUGUUCAUUCUGGAGAAAGAGGUGGUUUGUGCUAAAAGAUUCCUACCUUGUCAUGAUCAGGUCUCACCAUUCAUCUGAGGCACGUCGCACACCAUUUCAGGAGUGCUGCUAUUUGACACUGGAAUGACUCUCAACUAUGGUCUUACUCAUGCUGGGAUAAGACAUGGUAUCAAGAUCUCCAACCAGUCCAGGGAUCUUCUUGUCAAGGCUCCAUCAAAACGAGUUAUGAAUGAGUGGGUGGCAGCCAUCGAGGUAGUGAUGGAGAGCACGGGAAAGAUCUGGGUGGAGCCAAACCUUUCUUCUCCUUUGCUCCUGAGCAUAGCAACACUCCUUCCAAGUGGUUAGUGAUCAUCAAUAUUUUCCUUUUUUCUUUCUUCCUCUACUUCACAUCUCUUCGUUUGCAUCCCCCAUUUUUCUCUCUUUCAUUUUCUUUUAUUUUUUCCUAUCUUCUCCGUCCGUUUCUCUCUCCCCAGGUAUGUGGAUGGACAGCAGUACAUGUCUGAUGUAGCUGAUGCCAUCCUGGCUGCCAAAGAUGAAAUAUACAUCACUGACUGGCAGUUUAGCCCCCACAUCCUUCUAAAGAGAGAAGGCAGUCACAAGAACAGACUGAAGUGGAGGCUGGACUACCUGCUCCUGAAGAAAGCGGGAGAGGGAGUGAGAGUGUUUCUCCAGGCCUACAAAGAACUGGAGCUGGCCAUUCAACUGGGCAGUGAGUAUGCCCAGAAACUGCUGAAGCACCCCAAUGUCGUGUUCUUGCGUCAUCCAGACGUCUUCAUAGCAGGUGUCCUACUGUGGGGUCAUCACGAGAAGAUUAUCAUAAUUGACCAGACCCUGGCAUUUGUGGGUGGGAUUGACCUUGCCUUUGGUCGCUGGGAUAACGAGUGUCACAUGAUCUCCGACCACCUCCCACCUCCGUCACCUGAGUCCAUUCCUCAGCACACACCUACUGAGCUGGUGCUGGAGGGAGAUGAAGAUGAGGGGCAGUACCAGCAGUGGAUUGGGAAGGAUUUCUACAACCCUUUCAUCAAGGACUUUGUUGAACUCAACAAGCCUUUCGAUGAGGGAUAUGAUCGUUCCAAGGAGCCAAGGAUGCCGUGGCAUGACAUAGCCUCUGCUGUGUAUGGCCCAGCAGCUAGAGAUGUCGCCAGACACUUCAUUCAGAGACACAACUUCACCAAGCGUGAACAAGAGGAAGGAGAGGAGGUGCCCUACCUGCUUCCCCGGAAGACAUUCUCCCAGUCAGAGGAGCAGGAGACUGGCUACCUCAGAGAUAUUCUGACUACUGCUGGACACACUCUCACUACCUCUGCUCAGAUGUUGAGGUCGGUGUGUGAGUGGUCAGCUGGAGUACCUCUGGAGCACUCCAUCAUGAAUGCCUGGAUCCAGGCCAUUGACAAGGCCGAGCACUUCAUAUUCAUCGAGCAACAAUUCUUCAUAUCGUCUCUGUUGAAAGAGAACAUCACCAACGGAGUGGCCGAAGCCCUCAGACUGAGGAUCGCGAGGGCCUACAGACAUGGACAGACCUUCAGAGUCAUCAUUGUCAUGCCUCUCCUCCCUUCAUUCCCUGCUGAGAAGUUUGGAGAGAAGGAGACAGCAGUUCUGGAGGCAGUUCUCCACUGGAACUACUACACUCUCUCACGAGGAGAGGACUCUCUCUUUGGAAGACUUCACAAGGAAGACAGGAUCCCGGAGGAUGAGAUAAAGAACUACAUAUCAGUGUAUGGUCUGAGGACCCACGGAGAGAUCAAUUGGACUCCUAAGUCAGAGAUUGUCUAUGUUCACAGCAAGCUGAUGGUGGUUGAUGACAGAAUCACCAUCAUUGGCUCAGCCAAUGUGAACGACAGAAGUAUGACUGGAGAGAGAGACUCUGAAGUAGCCAUUCGAUUUGAGGACAAAGAAAUGAUUGACGGUACCAUGAAUGGUCAGCCGUAUCAAGUUGGCAAGUUUUCGCACUCAAUUCGUGUCCACCUCUUCAAGGAGCACCUGGGUCUCUUGCCGAGUCAGCAGAAGGGCGGAGUCGAGUCUCCUUCCAGUGACAUCAGUGUUGAAGACCCAGCCUCUGAUGAGUUCUACCUCAACACCUGGAUGAAGGCUGCCAUCAACAACACCCAGCUAUACAAGCAGGUGUUUGGAGGAUCUAUGGUACCAACUGACGACACAGUUCACUACAAACAGCUGAAGCAAAUACAGGACCAACUCAGGAGUGGUGGAGGAGGACGUGGAGAGAGCUCGAGAGACUCUGCAGAAGAUCCAGGGACUUGUGGUGGAGCUCCCACUUCAUUUCCUGGAGGAGGAAGACCUCACUCCCGACUUUGACUACAUAAUCAGCCUUGCCCCUCACACCUUGUUUCAGUAGAAUCUGUAUCACAUUACUCUUCUAUGUGUAUAAUUAUAGAGUAUAUAUUUCUUCAUUUUAGAGCAAACUGUAUUAGCUACAUACUGUUGUGUUAGAGAAAAAGUCUAAAAGAGUAACUAAGUGAUCUCGUCUGUUUUAAAAUUGGUGUUUGUUGCUUCCUCUAAGCAGGAUAGUAGUAGAAUCCAUUGUCACAAGUGCUCUCGUCCAGAAUGCAAUCAGUACAUUGUCUGUGUGUAAAAUCCUUGCUCAGACAGGUUCUGAUGGAAUCCAAAACCUGGCGAUCACCUUACCCCCAUCCGUCUACAUUUCAGCACUGGUUUGACAUUCCACUCUGCCACAAAUGCAUCAACAAACUUCUCAACUCUGUAUGGAUGUGUUGUUGAUGGGACGAUGCCGUGUUUUGCAAGCACGUAUUGAUCGUAGUUCAUUUGAUGUUCAAACAGUUCCAGGACUGUCUGGAAAAAGUCAAACUCUCCUUGUAUGUGCUUCACUUCACAUGCACAUGUUCCAUGUGCCUCCCACUCGUGGCACCAGAAAUACUCGCUGCCCGAGAGGUGUUCGUGGCUGGUGCAGUUUGCAUACUUAUGCAGGGAAGGCCAGAACUUUUCUAGUUGUGUAGUCAGCGACUUUAUCUCUUCAAGGUUGAAUUCGUAAGAAGAAUUGCAGUAUUGUAGAUAGUGACUGCAGCCGUUUCUUGUUGGCCAUAAGCCAUGUAUUGUCAAGUUCAGAGAGCCACUUGCUGUGCAAUUCAUGCAGUUUUUCCCGUCAAUCAGAAGGCCAUCUGCUCCGGGACUCAGCUCCACGAACACGAAGAAAUCGAACUCUUGGCUCGCAACACUAAAAAUCCGAGCUAGCUUACUUGCUAGCUAAAUAUUGUAGAUUGGUUUGUAAGUUAUUAACUCGCCUUUGUUUCUGUUGGGCGUGGGUGCUCAGUCCCACUAUCAGGACGAGAAAUGCAACAGCCAACAUCACCGAGCGAGCGCAGUGCUCA